GCGGGCGGUGGCGCCCGGCAGGAGGCGGCGGUCGGGGCCGGGCCGGGCCGGGCCGGGCCGGGCUGGGACGGGGCCGCUCCCCCCUCAGCACCCCCCUGCGGGCCCCGCGAUGUUCAACCGGGCCGUGAGCCGCCUCAGCAGGAAGCGCCCGCCCUCAGAGAUAAACGACAGCGAGGGUCACCCGAGCAGCAGCCACCAAAGCUUGAAAGGAACCUCAAAAUGGGCCACGUCACUGGAGAACCUCCUCGAAGAUCCAGAAGGAGUUAAACGAUUUAGGGAAUUUUUAAAGAAAGAAUUCAGUGAAGAAAACGUUUUGUUCUGGCUAGCAUGUGAAGAAUUCAAGAAAACACAGGGAAAAAAACAGAUGCAAGAAAAAGCUAAAGAAAUUUACAUGACUUUCCUGUCCAGUAAAGCUUCAUCCCAAGUCAAUGUUGAAGGGCAGUCCCGUUUGAAUGAGACGAUUUUGGAGACGCCUCACCCUCUCAUGUUUCAGAAGCUCCAGGACCAGAUAUUCAAUCUCAUGAAAUACGACAGCUACAGCCGCUUCUUAAAGUCAGACAUCUUCCUAAACCAUAAGAAGUCUGAGGAGCAGGAGGAGAAUUCACCAGAGGCUCAGACUGCAGCUAAAAGAGCGUCAAGAAUUUACAACACUUGAUACGAUGAAUCUCAUUAGGAGAUGCAAUACAGUAAUUAACUUACACUCAGGAACAGUCUAGGUUUAUAGCAGUUGCAUAUAGGGCUUGGAGGAGCUCAAACCGUUUUUAGGAGAUACUUACCUUUUUAAUUGCUUGAAUGACUAAUUGUUUUUGCAUGACAGCUAAUAAAUAACCAAGUGCCCA